AUGAAGGUGCUACAAGCCCGUAAGAAGAACACCAGCACCGAGCUGAUUAUUGAGCCAGAGAGGCCGUCCUCAGGCAGAAGUCGUGUCAGCUUGUCGAGCUUCGUGGAUGAGCAGCCGGACUUUAGUGACGAAAGUGAUGUUAUCAGUGCACUCAACUACAUCCUGCCAUCGGCUGUUCCCAAAAAGGGCCAGGGGGUCCCAGACAAAAGCUCAAGCUACAGAUCGCUGUUUGCAUUGAGGCCUCCGUCCUCUGCAGUGAGGAACCUCAUAAAUUCCCCUUCACUAGAGGCUUCGUCGCCUUCAGGAGAACCCAGUUCUCAGGAAAAGGCUUCUCCACAAUCCUUUUCUCCUUCAGAGCCUUCUACAGAAAACAAUACUCCACAGGUUGUUUUUGAAGAACUUGCUACUGCUUCAGGCACAACUACUUUGUCGGGCACUCUCCCUGCAAGCACCGCCCAGAGCACUCUUCCUUCAGGAUAUUCUGCUACUCCUGCAGACAACGUUAUGCCCACUGUUCAACAACACACCCACAAAAUACAGUGGGAGUACCACGGUGUGGGCACUGACGUGGCCUCUACACCCACAAGCUUCAUUGCCCCAGGAGUUCCCUCCCCGGGGACUCGGUUUGAAGCUCAGCUGAACCAGCAGCUGCAGUCCCUCAUCCCCAGCCAUGACGUGAGGCGGCUCAUUUCUCAUGUUAUCCGGACGUUGAAGAUGGACUGCUCCGAGCCCCAAGUGCAGCUGGCCUGUGCCAAGCUCAUCUCCAGGACAGGCCUCCUGAUGAAGCUUCUCAGUGAGCAGCAAGGAGCCAAGGCGUCCAAGGCAGAAUGGGAUAUGGACCAGUGGAAAACCGAGAACUACAUCAACGAGAACACAGAAGCCCAGGGGGAACAGAAGGAGUUGAGUGUGGGCUUUUGA